AUGACCGUAACUACACCUGAAGCCUGCAACUAUGAAUCAUUGUACGUGUCUCAGUUAUUAUCGACCCCUAACAUGACGGAAUACUCUCACUUACACAAUCACCGACGCUCUCAUGCAACUUCUACUUGUCUCAGCCCUGUCUCACCAAGUAAGAAAUUAAUGCGCGGACUUCACAUUGCCAUGAAUUUCUCCAUUUCUAUGAUCCUUAUAUCUCUAUCAAAUGAUAUCGCAACUAAUCCUGGUCCCACAUAUAACUUCUCCAUACCUCCACCUAAUGUACGUGGAUUAAAAAUCACUCGUCUAAAUACCGGAAGCAUCUUACCUAAAAUUGAUGUACUACGAUUAGAAAUGAAGGAUAAACCAUUCGACAUCUUCUCAGCAUCCGAAACAUGGCUUAAACCCGAUAUCUCAGAUUCCGAAGUAGCUUUGCCUGGUUAUUCAAUUAUACGAAUGGACCGUCAAAACAAAGUCGGUGCUGAUACUGCCAUCUAUAUGUUCGUGAUGGUGUACCUUUUAAAACCCAUUCGGACUUGAUGAAUAACGAUCUCGAAAACUGUAUGAUUGAAGUUUUACGAGUUAAAUCUAAGAAACUGUUUAUUUGUUGUAUUUACAGAGCACCGAACAAUCCUCUUGAAAACUACUUAUCCAUGUUGAGCAAUAUUAUUCUCAAACUUCCAAAUAACAGCGAGCUCAUUUUGUUAGGUGACUUUAAUAUUGACCUUAGCAAAAAAAACCCGCUCAUCUUCGAAAAAACUACUCCAUAAUUUCUCUCGCCAGUUUCACUUAGACCAACUAAUCACGAAGCCAACAAGAAUCACUGAAACAUCAGAAACCAUGAUUGACCUGAUCUUUGUUAACAAUGGUCAGAGAAUUAUCCGAAGUGAUGUGAUUCCAUGCUCGUUGAGUGACCACUCUCUUGUGUUUUGCGUGUUUAAAGCUGGUGUCACCAAAGCUCCUCCAGGCACAAUUGAAUAUAGAUCUUAUAAACAUUACAAUAAACAGUCCUUCCUUCUAGAUCUUGAAAAAGUCAACUGGUCUACCUUUGUAGACGAAAACGAUGUUGAUGCUACCGUCAACAGCUGGUGUCAAUGUUUUACUGACAUAGCAGACAUGCACGCGCCAAUAAAGAAAAUGAAACUUAAGGGAAUUAGCAUUCCAUGGAUGACGGCUGAAUUAAGUCGAGCGAUGCAAGAUCGAGACUAUCACCUGAAGAAGGCACAAAAAACACAGUCACAACAUCACUGGUCGUCAUACCGUAAGCUUCGCUGUUUUGUAAACAAAGCAGUACGUGAAUGUAAAUCCAAAUAUUGCGAGUCCUUGAUAAAGCAAAGCUUGUCAAGCAAAGAUUGUCAUCAAACAAAUUCUCCUGUAUUCAACUACCACAAUUUAAUUCCACAUUUGAAUUCAAAGAGAUUGAUGUUGCGUCUGUUGUCAAACAACUAUCAACUCUUAAAACUAAUAAAUCUACCGGCCUUGAUGGUAUCAGCGCCAGACUACUGAAAGAUGCCGCAGCAACUAUCGCCCCAACCCUAACUGACAUAUUUAAUCAAUCACUAAAAUCUUCUAUCUUCCCCAAGAUCUGGAAAGACGGGAAAGUAACACCAAUAUUUAAGUCUGGCGAUCGCUCUAAUAUGUCAAACUACGGACCCAUAACUGUUCUGCCAAUCCUGAGCAAAAUUUUCGAACGUUUCGUUCACACGCAGAUUUACAGCUAUUUAUCUGAAAAUAAAAUCCUCUCCGAAUCUCGAUUUGGCUUUAGACCAAAGUUAUCUACGAGUACCGCAUUGGCAUUUUUCACCGAUACUAUUCUUGAUAAUGCUGACAACGGUCUCAUCACAGCCUCUGUCUUUCUGGAUUUUAGCAAGGCAUUCGACACGGUUGAUCAUGCUAUCCUGUUGUGCAAAUUGAAAUCAUUUGGCCUGGAUAAUAACUCGUUAAAUUGGUUUGAGUCAUACCUUACCAAUCGUUAA